AUGAAGACCUCUCCUUGGUCAAUAUGGCAGUAUUCCGCCUCUCUGCUUCUGCUGGCCGAGUGCCGCUUGGCCUCGGCCGCAGCGAUACCGGAAUUCGUCUUUGACCCUAGUGGCGGCAACUCUGGCGCCGUCGCGAGUGAGUCAGUAGAAUGCAGCAGGAUAGGCCGCGAUCUCAUUGCGCGUGGUGGGAACGCCGUGGACGCGCUCGUCGGUACGACUCUCUGUGUUGGAACCGUGGGCAUGUACCACUCGGGUCUCGGCGGUGGUGGUUUCGUCGUAAUCAGAGAUGCCGGUGGGAAUUACGAGUCUGUCGACUUUCGAGAGGCCGCGCCGGCUGCAGCCUUCCAGGAUAUGUAUCAGGGCAACAUCGCAGGUAGUGUCUACGGCGGCCUGGCCGUCGGCGUCCCGAGCGAGGUCCGUGGGUUGGAAUACAUCCACAAGAAGUACGGUACCCUGCCCUGGAAGAGUGUUGUCUCUCCAGCUGCGCGGUUGGCGACAACGGGUUUCAGAGUCUCUGAGGACCUGGUGCGGUACAUGAACUCCGCUAUCAAAGGGCAGUGGAACUUCCUUGUUGAAAAUCCAGUAUGGGCCGAGGAGUUCGCUCCCAACGGCACACUCCUCCAACUCGGCGACACCAUCUACCGCAAACGCUAUGGAGCCACCCUCGCCAAGAUCGCAGAAGAAGGACCUGAAGCCUUCUACUCUGGUCCGAUAGCAGAAUCAAUAGUUGCGACAGUCCGCGCCACAAACGGCACAAUGACCCUCGACGACCUCGCAUCCUACAAGGUCGUCACCCGCCCCUCCCUCUCCAUCACUUACCGCGGCUACCGCCUCACCUCCGUCGGCUCCCCCGCCAGCGGCGCCGUCUGCCUAAACACCCUCAAAAUCAUGGAGCAGUUCGACCCGGCCGAGAGCGCCGACACCAAGCUGGGCAUCCACCGCUUCGACGAGGCGAUGCGCUUCGCCUACGGCGCCCGGUCCCUGCUCGGGGACCCGGACUUUGUUGAGGGCAUCGGGCCCUUUGAGGAUACCCUCAUCGACGAGGCCACGGCCAAGGAUAUCCGCGGUAGGAUCUUGGAUAACCAGACGCAGCCGGUCGAGCGGUACGAUCCCCAGGGGUUGUACUCGAGCGAAGGGUUCGGGACGUCACAUAUUGUGACGGCGGAUAAAUCCGGCAUGGCUACCUCCCUGACCUCGACCGUCAACCUCCUCUUUGGCGCCCAGAUUAUGGACCCCUUGUCUGGUGUAAUCCUCAACAACGAGAUGAACGACUUCUCCAUCCCCGGCGUCCGCAACGCCUUCGGCUUCGAGCCCUCCCCCGCAAACUUCAUCCGCGCCAAUAAGCGUCCCCUCUCCUCCAUCACCCCCGUCAUCGUAGAACACCCAGACGGCACCCUCUUCGUCACCGUCGGCGCCGCGGGCGGCUCCCGUAUCAUCAGCUCCACGGCCCAGGUCACCUGGAACGUCCUCGAGCAUGGCCAGACCAUGAAGCACGCCCUCCGCGAGCCGCGCCUGCACGACCAGCUCAUGCCCAACACCGUGACAUUUGAGUACGGCUUUGACAACGACACCGUCGCGAGCAUGCUCGACAAGGGCCACGACGUGACGUGGGUGCCCGAGGGUCGCAGCGCCGUGCAGGGCAUCAAGUUCGAAAACGGCGUGUUUGAGGCCGCGAGCGAGCCGCGUCAGAAGAACAGUGGCGCAUUUACGGUUUAA